AUGACACCUCGAAUUCAAAAACCAGCUCCAUCCUUUUCCAAGACUGCCUUGUUACCAGAUGGAUCUUUCGGAACCAUCAACUUGAGUGAUUAUAAAGGCAAAUAUGUCAUCUUGUUCUUUUAUCCUCUCGAUUUCACAUUCGUUUGUCCCACAGAAAUCAUUCAAUUUUCAGAUCGUGUCAAAGAAUUUGAAAAAUUGAACACUCAAGUCAUUGGUGUCUCUGUCGAUAGUGAAUUCACUCAUCUUGCAUGGACACAAACUCCAAGAAAUGAAGGAGGUUUGGGCCCUCUCAAAAUUCCUCUCAUCUCCGAUUUGGAUCAAUCUCUGUCGAGAGAAUACGGAGUGUUAAUGGAAGAUGGAACAGCUGUACGUGGCACAUUUCUCAUUGAUGAUCAACAAGUAUUGAGACAAAUUACAGUGAAUGAUAUGGAUGUGGGAAGAAAUGUGGAUGAAAUUUUGCGUUUGGUUCAAGCGUUCCAAUAUGUAGCACAACAUGGAGAGGUUUGUCCAGCAGGAUGGCAACAAGGAAAGCCAACAAUGAAGGCAAAUCCAAAAGAUUCGAGAGAGUAUUUUGAGAAGGUCAAUAAUGAAUAG